CUUUUCUUUUACGCCAAUUUGGUUUAAUUUCUGUUUUCCUUGUCGAUGAUCAUAAAUUGUUGCCUGCACUUAGAUCUACUUUAUCAGGUGAGUCAUGCACUUUUGCCCUAAGAAAGAGAGAGAAAGAAAGAAAGAGGGAAGUACCGGUAAUUCUUGCGAAAUUAGCUGUCAUAAUAACAUUGAAUGGUGUUCUAUGUUUGUACCUGCGGAAAAGAAUUUUUGUUGGUUUUCUUCCAUCUAAGAGGGUUUGGAUAGUUCCAGUGAUUUCUUGUAAGUGAAAAAUUGCACAAGAAAAUGCGAUUCCAAACAAGGGAAAACAGGUUAACUGGUAAUCGCCUAAAGAAUCAGGUGAAUUGCAAUCGGAAGAGAAUAAAGUUUCUAUGGAGAAAAAUAAGAAAAGGAGGCUUAAAACGCCGGCCCAGGUGAUGGCCCUGGAAAAAUUUUAUGAUGAGCACAAAUAUCCCACAGAAGAAAUGAAAUCAGAACUUGCUGAGGAGUUAGGCUUGACUGAAAAGCAAGUAUCUGGAUGGUUUUGCCACAGACGGUUAAAAGAUAAAAGAUUGCUGAAAGAUGAAACAUGUGCUAAUGGACGACAAGAUCGUUCAAGUGGUGUGAUCCAGGACCGUGUAAGUGGGCUAGGGCAAGAUUCAUGUGGAAGCACUAAACAUGGUGAUUAUAAGCAUCUUGAUCUGAAAGAGGUUGAGAGUCAUGGCCUCUAUGGCAAUGACUUUUCUGCUGCAGAUAUGACGUAUGAACGUAAUAGACACUAUGAUGAAGAUGAUGGUGGAACAGAUAACACAUCUUCUGAGAGCAGCUCAUCUUUACAAGAUCAGUUGUUCUCUCAAGGUCAGGAUCCAUAUAAUGUGGAGCCUUCUAGAUAUCUGACGGCUAACAGAGCUCUGCCACCUUUAGUUCCCAAAGCUGCAAUUAACAUUGGAUAUAAACCGUCAGGAUAUUUGAAAGUGAAGGGUGAGAUAGAGAAUGCUGCUAUAACUGCUGUCAAGAAGCAAUUAGGAAGGAACUAUCGGGAAGAUGGUCCACUGCUUAGUGUAGAAUUUGAUCCAGUUCCUCCGGGGGCAUUAGAGUGUCAAAUUGCAGAUCCAGUUGAUGAAUCAUUCCGUACUGUGAAUCCUUCUCUUGGCAGUCCUCCAGAGAUAGCUGGCGUGAAAAGGCAACCCGCACAUAACUCUAGGUAUGACUCCAAAUAUAGUUCCCAUGAUCUACAUAUGGAAGUAGGAGAUCUUGGCUCCUUGCAUGACACUGAUUUGCUGGAUAAGAAACCCCACCGGCACAAGCAAGGGCGGACAUUGCAGAGUUAUACCAAUCAUUUACCUCGGAGGAACUCCUCCCUGGAGUUUUAUGAAGAUCCCACUGAAGAAGUGCCUGUUUAUAAUACAAUGGGCUCUAAGCAUGGUGAAGGAAUGAGAUCUGAUUCUGCUUCUAACCAUAGUGAUCACUUUGAAGAGGACCUUGUAGUUAAGCAGACAGAUUCACUUCUGCGUUGCUAUGAUAAUGUCAAUCCAAAGAAAAUUCAGAAGGGUGAACAUGUGAAAUCUAAGCCUUCAAAUUCAUUAAAAAAGUCUCGCAUUUCUCUUGGUACUGAAGAAAGAGGACUAACUCCAAGGAUAGCAAAGGAAGAGAAGUUUAGUGGAGACAAGAAGGCAAGAAAACAAUAUCAUGAUUCAGAGAGAAUAAGGAUUCUUUCAAAUGAAACCAUGAUUGCAAAAAGAGUUAAAGAUGAUCUUCCUCAACAACACAAUCUGAAACAUGCACUAGUAGCUGAGAUGCAACCUCAGAAAAAUCGGAGGUCUGCAACAGAGAUGCUUUCUAGCUUUAGUGAGGAUGAAACCGCUGAAACCGGUUCUUCGCUGGACUAAGCAGCUGGUCGUUGAUAGGUAUUGGAAAGUUUGAGGAACAUGUACAGAGUCUAAAAUGACACAGAUAUCUUUUGGCCAACAACAUGGUAAGCAUUAGAGAAGCAAGACAUCCUAUGAUGUUUGUAAUGCUCACCUGUGUGCCUUUGUACAAAAAAAAGUUCAUUCCCCAGCUCCUUUUUUUUUUUUUGGGUUUCUGUUUACAAUGAUGUAAUAUAUAUAUCAUUUGCUUGGAGUUGUGGUAGGUGGUAUUGAAACUCAGCUUUUAAACAUGUCAUUCUGUGAUGUUAGUUGAUUAUGGGCUAUGGCAGUGCCUUCGGCUGCUAGACACUUUGAUGGAGCUUGUAAGUGUAUGAGAUUACAGUAAUAAAAAUUCUCAAAAUAUUUUGGGGUAGAA